AUGAGUGUUGUACCUGGCACCGGCGGCAGUCAUCAACCCUCACCGUUUACAUCUGAUCCUGCUGCUUCCCGGCCCUCAGCUCCUGCACCUCUUCAAGACAUGUUCUAUGGUUCUAUUGGCGAGCAGCCUGCUUGGUCGGGUCAACAAGCAUCCAAUAUGUUUGACUUAAUGGGUCCUGACUCGCUCAAAGCAUUACUCGAAGACCAGGGUCCAGGUCCUUCAGGCUUCAUACAGGGCUUCUCUGGUGAAGCCCCCUUGUUUGAUCUUCAACAUCCACCUCACUUCCCUCCUCUUGAACCUCAGCCAUCCCCAAAUGCUGAUACAUGCACCCUUGCACCUCCGCCCUCCACAAACAUUAUUCCACCUACACUGCUGAAGGACGCUGACACACGCACCCUAACUCCAGGGCCAAGUCAGCAACUCGACUUGAGUCACUACUCUCCUGCCGCCAUCGUCAACGAACGGUUUCCAGAAGAAGCAGAGGAGCUACCUGUUGUGGGACGCAGAUCUGCGGAGACUAAUACUGCACUUGAUGCAGGGUUCACAACAGUUGAUCAGACCCUGCUUGAGUUAUCUAGGUCGACUAUGAUGCCAGUCCAUCAAGUGCUCAACCUGUUUAUGAAGAGCCGUGGGUGCAACACAAGCAGCAUCAACUAUUGGAAUCUUUAUUCCAAUUAUUUCAAGGACAAUUCUAAGCAGGAGCUCACUCGACUUGGUCAAAAUAUUCCAGCUGACGAACACACUCCAAAUAUCCUCGAUACCCAUGAUGAGUUAACAUCACUGGGUGGGUUACCUCACACAGUCAGUCAACGUGCGCAGGCAUUCCAGAGGCUUCACAGAAGGGUGACAAAUAUAUUGGACAUUGCGUCUACCAAGUUCAGCUUCAAAUCAGCCAUCGUCAUGUGUGGGAAAGUCGUCAAUCAGGACGCUUCACUCGGUCAUGUACACAUGACACCUGGUGCAACAGAUUUCUUUCUGACUCGAUGCUGCGCAGACAAUGACACUAUCAUUGGUCACCUCAAAGCACAAGUUUAUAACACAAUAUUGUUGUCUACUGUGGAGGGCACAUUUAUGGACAAUGAAGAUGAUGAUGUGGCAUUCUCCAAGGACGUAGAUUCCAAGGAUGUCAGCUCUAAUCUGAAGGAUAUGGAGGAUCACGCUUCUGACCAGCAGGAAGGUCGAGAGGAAAAGGGCAGAGAGGAUAAUAUCAAAUGGAUCAAGAGGGAGAUUACGAAACAAGUUGCUAUGUGUGGAGGCAAACUCGGCACCGUCAGGAUGUUCCCCUGGAAGCUAAUGCCAAGCACACUUGCGGACGACAAUGUUUGCAUCAAAGGCUACCCUGCACACAAUUGUGUCCUGCCAGGUGACACACGUGGUGUUACCUCACAAUCGAAGAGCAAGGGUGUCGCUAGCCUUACGCAAAAGGAAGUCACUAUCCUGGUAGAGGCUUUGAAGGCGAAGACUAUGUACGUAGAGAAAGUUAGCAUCACAAAACAAGCGGCAGUAAUAGCCUCUGAGAUACUGGUCAUUAUCGGCGAAGCUCCCCCAUCAGACUAUCCUCAUGCAGGCGCUCGACGUCUAUUCAUAGAUGGUCAUAUGGAUCACAAUGGUCUGCCUCGCCUCAAGGCCAGUUCUGCAACUACAAAAGUGAAAAAAUCUACUACGGCAGGGAAAUCAUAUAUGCACCCAGAAGUACUACUACCUCCCCCAUCUCGGCCCUUCAAGGUUGUUCCCAGGCCUCCAGCUUGCGAAGUUAUUGAAGUACGAUCUACUUCCUCCGAUUCUCAAGAUGAACACGGCCAACUGGAACCGGCCUCUGAGUCAGAGUAUGAAGACGCAUCCCAUGGCAAGAGGAAGAAGCGGAAGCCCAGUGGUGAGCUGCAUGCGUCAAAGAAGUGCGCAUCACCUAUAGACAUUCCAAAAGCAGUGAAGAUCGAUAUCAAACCAUUGAAAGAAAAAAUGGGACCAUCAUCACAGGGCCCUAUUGCUUCUCCCACCAAUGGGACCAAAGGGAGUCCAUCAUCUCCAUUGAUGGUGGAGUCGUCAGGUGACGAGCGUGAUACUCCUACUGGGACUAAUACAAACAAUGCUAUGUGCCUUCGUGAUGGGCCGUCCAACAAAGCUGAAGACACAAAAGGUUGCACUAAAGCACGACCGGCUGUGAAAGGUUCCCAUCCGAAGGGUCGUCUUAGCCGGGCCAUUCGUGUGAUAUAUUCUGAUGAGACCUCUGAUGGUGAAAGCAUCAAGCCCCCGUCCCCAAAACCCACCCCUGUCAAUAUAGAAGACUCCGCAGUUUCGAGCCACGUGGACACACCCGCAGAAACUACAGAGGGGCCUGUGCAAUUGCAGUCAUCCAACACAGAGACCAACAGUGUGCACACACUGCCUCCACGUGAAGGCGAUGUUGUUGGUGAUGUUGACCAAGUUGCAGUGGCAUUGCAACAACCAGAUGGUCCUUCUGCCAUGGAGCUUCCUCCUUUGCCUCAGAGAGGAGGCGGAGGAGAUUCUCAAGACCUGCCUGCAAAUACUCACCGCCAACGUGAGGAGUCUGCUCACUCUCAAGACUCCUUUAAUCCCAAAGUGCGUGAUCCUCGUGAACCUGACCAUUUCCAUCAUCAUCAAAGGAAUUAUCCUUUCUAUGGCUCUCGCGGGCCUUUCCCUCCUAACCAUCGUGGUCCUUUCCCUCCUGACCCUCAUAUCCCUGGUCGUGGUACUCAGGAUGUGUCCUAUCCAGAUUACCAACACCUCCAUCCACACGGUUUAUAUCAUCGCAGCGGCAAUAGUCACGAAAACCCUCCUGAGCACUAUGAUACUCACAAUCCUGCACGAGAUUUGUCCCCAGUAGCAGAAUCCAGCAGGGAUUAUAGUGUGGAACGAGAGCGUGGUCGCUUGCAGGCAAACUCUGACCAUGACAGAUAUAGCCCAACAGCAGACUAUGGAUACAUGUGCCGUGAAUAUGGAUACCUUCCCCGUGAUAAUUUUGACGAUUGCGGCCAUGGAUUUCCUCCCCAGCACAGCAGAGCUUACUAUCCUGAUCCCCAUGGCUAUGGGACACGACAUGGAUACACCGCAGAUUCUAGGUGGGCCGGUCGCAAUUCACGCAGCCCAUACUAUGGACCAAGUCCCAACUCGAGCUCUCAGGCAGGACCAAGCAAGGCGCCUCCUGCUUGA